UCAGGUGACCCUGCAGUCAGCUGAUCAAAUCCUGCGUCGUGUAGCUCGAGAUGACGGUCACACCGAUGUUAUUUUCAUUUUAAUGCGAUUGAAAAUAAUUUGACACUAUAACUAAUCGUUUGGUUUGUUCAUUUUAACAAUAAAGCACCAUAGUCAGAUCGUUUGAUAUAGUGUUUAACUUAACGAGUGAAGAUGUCCGCAAAAGAUCGGAUCGACGUAUUUCCCUCUAGAAUGGCUCAGAGCAUUAUGAAAGCUCGUCUGAAAGGAGCUCAAACGGGCAGGAGUUUGCUGAAGAAGAAAGCUGAUGCUCUUUCCAUGCGAUUCCGGCAAAUUCUUAGAAAAAUCAUUGAGACUAAGACAUUGAUGGGUGAGGUGAUGAGAGAAGCCGCCUUUUCUUUAGCUGAGGCCAAAUUUGCUGCUGGUGACUUCAGUACCACAGUCAUUCAGAAUGUGAACAAGGCGCAGGUGAAGGUUAGAGCAAAGAGGGACAAUGUUGCAGGUGUUACUCUACCUGUGUUUGAGCAUUACCAGGAGGGCGGAGACAGUUAUGAACUAACUGGUCUGGCCCGGGGUGGAGAGCAGCUGUCUCGGCUGAAGAGGAACUACGCCAAAGCUGUCGAGCUGCUGGUGGAACUGGCCUCCCUGCAGACCUCCUUUGUGACGUUGGACGAAGCGAUCAAGAUCACGAAUCGCCGCGUAAAUGCCAUCGAGCAUGUGAUUAUUCCUCGGAUCGAGCGUACACUCACGUACAUCAUUACAGAGCUGGACGAACGGGAGCGAGAGGAAUUCUACAGGCUUAAAAAGAUCCAGGAGAAGAAGAAGCAGCUUCGUGAGAGGACGGAGAAAGAGAUCGCGCAGCGCCUGGCUAAACUGGGCCCGAUCGCUGAGCCCACGAACAUGCUAAGUGAAGAGGCGGACGAGGACAUGCUGUUUGAAUGAGACCUCGAAACCACCGGGUGGCGCUCCUCAACGAACGGCCCACCCAGAAAUCACAUAUUUAUUCCUUGUGCCUGUACGGCCGAGCUUAACACGUCUUUCGAAAAGAGCAGAUUUGUUUUGUGUAUACAUUAGUGCUGUUUUUCUCAUUUGUAAGAGUGAAAAAUAACGUCACAAAAGAUGUAACGAAAAUGUUCUACUUGGUUGUCUGGAUUCAGAGGUCCUACUGAUAUUUAACUGUUGAAGUAAUUAGUUUAAAUGACCAUUCCAUGAAAUUAUGCAUAUUUUGUGGAGUCUCAGUGCAUGUGUAAAUUAAUGCAACCUAUCCCUGUUAUCUAGUGAGAAGAUUCUGUGAUGAACAUCUCAUGUUUACUUUUAGCUUGGGCAGGAUUCAUUGUUGAACGUUGAUUAUACUUGUAUGUUCACUUGAAUGAUCAUAACCCUUACCUAAGGUUAGCCCAGACAUUUCCAUACGGUUGAGAAAUAACUUUCCCCUUUAGGUCCAGCAGGUUUGUGCUCUCACUUCCUGUGACUUUAAUUUCAUUAAAUGUUGUAAAUGGU